AUGCUCUUCGAAAACAUGAGCCUAGAAGACUUCACCUCCGUCGCCUCCAACAAAGUAGAAGGCGCCUGGAACUUCCACAACGCCCUCUCCACCACACCCCUAGACUUCUUCAUCGCUCUCUCCUCCGUCGCCGGCAUAAUCGGCAACAGAGGCCAAGCAGCCUACGCCGCCGCAAACGUCUUCCUAGACGAAUUCAUGUCAUACCGCCGCAGCCUGGGCCUCCCCGGAACAACCAUCGACCUAACAGCCGUCAGCGACUCAGGCUACCUCGCCGACGUCUCAGCAGCACGCCUGGAAGAAGUCCUCAAGAACAUCGGCAGCGACACGAUGGACGAAAGCGAGGUGCUAGCGCUGCUGGGCGCAGCCAUCACGGGCGAGCUGGCGCGCUCGUGUUCCGGGCAGAGCAUCACGGGCCUGAGCCUGGGCAAGACGGUCGAGCAUUUCUGGGCGUCGGACGCGAAAUUUAGUGUGCUUUAUGAGGAGGCGAGCGGGAAGUUGGGGAGCGGUGGGGGCGCGGGAGGGGGCGGGCCCUCUGUGCCGCUGAAUGUUAGGCUUGGGGCUGCGGAGAGCCGGGAGGUGGCGGUGCAGAUUUGUUAUGCGGCGUUGGCGGCUAAGUUGGCGCUUGUUUUGCAGAUUGCGGUCGAGGAUAUGGAUCCUUCUGUUACUGUUGCGUCGUUGGGGCUGGAUUCUUUGGUUGCGAUUGAGAUUCGGAAUUGGAUUGCUAGGGAGGCGAAUGCUAAUGUGCAGGUUUUGGAGUUGUUGUCUAGUGGGUCGUUGUUGGCUUUGGCGGAGAUUAUUUUGAAUAAGUCGCGGGCUUGA